AUGUCAAAUAAUUCUUCUAGCUAUGAAAGCGAUUUAGAAAAUUCUAUCGUACUAAAUGUUAAUUUAGAUGCUUUAAAAAAGUCAGCAUCAAAUGUGUUUCAAGUACAAUGUACCUCUAUACAAGAAUUUAACGAAGGUGGAUUUCAUAAAGUAUAUAUCUUAAAGGUGGAAGAUGGUAAAAAAUAUAUUGGAAGAUUAGCAAUCUCUGUAAAUCCACAAUGGAAGACAGAAAGUGAG